AUAUGAAUUAGAAGUUUACCGACCAAAAUAAAGUUCGACAAAGUAAUAGUCUAAAAUAAAAGGGAAAAUAAGUUAUAUGAUUUCUAAGCUUUCACCUAAGCAUCACUUCAGAAAUAAAAUUUAAUCAAGCAAAAAUAUUUAAAUAAAUUUUCUCCCUCCCCCCACUCUCUCUCUCUGCCCAUACUCUUCCACCUCCUUGUCUCCCUAAGAACAUUUUGACCAAAAUUAGAACAAAGUUUCACAUCACAAAGAGUCAAUGGGCACAUUUUAAACCGAAGUCUAGAGAUUAAGGACUAAAUUGAAAUAACCACAAAGCAAUGAAGGUAUGAUACCAUUUUCACAGGGCAAAAGGCAUAUGCUUUUAGUAUGAGUGAGUAGAACAGUAGAAUAGGAUCACAGCGUGGCCAAGUGGAAGCAUCCAAAUUCGUGGCUUUUGGAAGGGAAUAAAUCAGGUGAAAAAGAGAAAAAAGAGCGCCAAUAACAUGAAAGAAAGAGUCUAAACUCGGAGUCUUUGAUCUCAACCCAUGGCUGCUUUCCUGGUGGCUGAGUUGUUUUCAAAAUGUAUUACCAAAAACUUCCAUUCUGCGUAUAUAUAAACAUAUUUCAAAGUGAUCCAAAUCAAUCAAUCCAUUUCCCAGUUUCAUUCCAAUCCUCCCUUUUUCUCUCUCUUUCUCUCAAUGGGAAAUUACAGAGUUUGUCUCUGUUUCAUUAGAAGAUUUAAGAUGUCCAAAGAAGAGCCUCCACCAGAAGUCAAAGAGGCAUUUAUCAAAUAUACCGGUGGCACCUCCGCCAAUAUGACCGCCGAGCAGCUGCGGUCGUUUCUGGUUGAGUUUCAAGGAGAUCAGACGGCAUCACUGGCCGAUGCUCAACGGAUUGUUGAGCACGUGCUGCAGCGGCGGCAUCACGUGAUCUCUAAACUCACGAGACAUACUCUCACUCUUGAUGAUUUCUAUUACUAUCUCUUCUCUAUGGAUCUCAAUCCACCAGUUUCUGAUCAGGUUCAUCAGGAUAUGAGAGCUCCAUUGUCCCACUAUUACAUUUACACAAGCCACAACACAUACUUGACUGGGAAUCAAUUGAGCAGUGAUUCAAGUGAUGUUCCGAUUAUAAAUGCGCUGAAGAGUGGCGUGAGAGUUGUGGAGCUUGAUUUGUGGCCGAAUUCUGAACAAGAUGACAUAGAUGUUCUUCAUGGAAGGACCUUGACAACACCUGUGGAAUUUGUUAGAUGUCUCAAAGCUAUUAAAGAGAAUGCUUUCAUAGCAUCACCAUAUCCUGUUAUAAUCACUCUAGAAGACCACCUAACUCCUGAUCUUCAAGCUAAAGCAGCUGAGAACAUAAAGGAAACAUUUGGAGACAUGCUGUUCUUUCCAGAAGCGGAAUAUCUACAGGAAUUCCCUUCUCCAGAAGAAUUGAAGUAUCGGAUCAUCAUUUCAACUAAGCCCCCUAAAGAAUACCUCAGAUCCAAAAAUGUGAAAGGGGAGACUUCAUUCAGUGAUGAUGAAACUGACGAUGACGAUGGGGUUGACACGAGCGAGAGUGAAUCCAGCGAGAGUGACGACAGUGAUUACGAAUCUUACGCUACAGGUGUAUCGGAAUACAAACGUCUAAUAGCCAUUCAUGCUGGAAAACCGAAGGGAGGUUUGAAGGAAGCUCUAAAAGUUGGAGCUGCUAAGGUUAGACGCCUUAGCUUGAGUGAAAAGGCAGUAAGAAAGGCAACUAAAUCUCAUGGAAUGGAUGUCAUAAGAUUCACCCAGACAAACAUGUUAAGGAUAUAUCCAAAGGGAACUCGAGUAAACUCUUCGAACUACAAGCCACAGACUGCUUGGUUACAUGGGGCCCAGAUGGUUGCAUUCAAUAUGCAGGGACAUGGAAGGUCUCUCCGCUUAAUGCGUGGGAUGUUUCGAUCGAACGGAGGUUGUGGUUAUGUGAAAAAACCUGACUUUCUACUGACAGUUGAUCCCCAUGGCAAGGUGUUUGAUCCUAAUGCAAAUUUGCCAGUUAAAAAAACUAUGAAGGUGAAAAUCUACAUGGGUGUUGGCUGGAAUUUGGAUUUUGAAAGGUCCCACUUUCAUUUAUACUCCCCUCCCGACUUCUACACACGGAUUGGAAUUGCAGGAGCUCCAGCUGAUGAGAUAAUAAAGAAAACAGAUAUCAAAGAGGAGACUUGGAGCCCUGUUUGGAACGAAGAGUUUUCGUUUCCUUUGACCCUUCCUGAACUGGCUUUACUUCGAAUUGAAGUGUAUAGCUAUAACAUUUCAGAUAAGAAUGUUUUUGGAGGACAAAACUGUCUGCCCGUUCCUGAAGUGAAGCCAGGCAUCCAUGCUGUUCCACUUUUUGACCGUAAAGGAUCAAAGUACAGUUCUGUAAAGCUUCUAAUGCGUUUCGAGUUUUCCUGAGAAUACGAUUUCUUUUCCUUUAGAAACAUCUCAGAGGAGUGAGUUUUUUCUGUCAGCCGUUGUUCGUGGUGGGGUUCGUUGUUGUUCCUUGACCAGAAUGAGCUGGAUUUACAUUUUUCAUAGGGUAGGGGUGAAGCAUCGAAUAUGGGGUCUCCCACUUUUCUCUCCUCUUUUUCCCUUUCCUUCUUUGAUGCCUCUGUAAUAUUAUAAAAUCAGAUUCCUUCUUCCUAAAGAGUGAUUAUUCUUGUAAAGCAAAGUAGAGCCACGAGAAUAAAUGGAUCUAUGAACAGAAUUGUGAGUUUCUUUGA